AUGGCUUUGAACACCGAUCCAUUGUGGACAGCAGCUGCAGGGCAAGAUGGACAAGCGCGUGUUCGCACCUAUAUUGACAACACUCUCACAGGCCUUGUUGAUCAGCUCUCUCUUCCCCCAACCGAAGCGCAGCCCUCCAUUAGGAUUCGAUGCAAAGCCACCCCAGCAAGUUGCACCAUCAAUCCAAGCACUGGGGCACUCGAGACGUUACCGAAUGUGGUGAUUUAUCGCACCUAUUCAUGGCCUGGGGCGACGGCGUACGAGUCGUGGAAAUUCACUGUCAUCAUUCGGAUGCUUGCGAUCAUUGAUCAGGCAGUGCGGAGCGGACAAUGGGUAUCAAAGAGGGAUAUUUACUAUAUGGAUCCCGCAUACUUCCGCUGCCAGGAGACGGUCGAUACAGUGAUAGAUGAGCUCGCUUACACAAUUGGAGUUGACCGCGGAGCAUUGAACGUUGAAGCCGCGGGGAAAGGCUUAAUAGCGGGGGCAUUUUCUUUAAAGCGUGAUUCACACCUUGUUCUCGAUGCUCGGUCUACUACGCAGGAUACAUUGGUGCCUCAGAUUCAAGAAAAUGAUGAGAUUGAUAUCUCGGCUACCCGUUGGGUACUUGUCAUUGAAAAGGAGGCGAUUUUCCAACGACUGGUGCGGAAUGAUUAUCACAACAAGGCAAUUGCUGGGCAGGGACUUCUCAUAACCGGCAAAGGAUACCCCGACAUCAGAACACGUAAGUUCAUCCGACACCUUUUCGAUGCAACGUGCAAUGACCGACGUCCGCCCCGAUUUUACGCCUUGGUGGACGGGGAUCCACAUGGGAUAGGAAUCAUGUCAACAUACAAAUAUGGCUCCUUGGCACACGUGCACGACAACGCAAGUCUCAGCAACCCGAAUUUGAAGUGGCUUGGCCUGAAGAUUUCAGACGCUAUUACUGCAUCACACGCCACGGGCAGUGAGGAAAUCCUCACUUUGACGGCCCGUGAUCGCAGGAAAAUCGUCGCUAUGCUUCGCAACAACCCGGUUUUGGCUAAUGAUGGGCCCGAGGCUGAGUGGCGCAUUGAGCUUCAACGGAUGCUUAUGCUAGACGUCAAGGCGGAGAUUGAAGUAAUGUACACACGGGAAGGUGGACUGGAGGCGUGGAUCGAUCGGAGAAUGUUUCGCCAGGAAUGA